UUGUAAGAGAGCAGCCUUUUAGCCGACUGCAGCAUGGAUAAGUGGUGUUCAGUCCUUGCAAAGAUGGGGAAUAUUGGAAGCAGAUUUCAUUCUUCGAAAGGACCGGAGGAAACCGGCGAAAGCAGCCGCAAACACGGGUGCGAAUGGAAGAGGAAACGGAACACACAGUGUGACUGCGAGGAUGACAAGGAGGAUGACGACGCCAUUCUAGAUACACCGCGCAGGAAGAAACUGAAAAGCACCUCCAAUUACAUUUAUCAAACGUUGUUCCUCAAUGGAGAAAAUAGCGACAUUCGAAUCUGCGCACUGGGGCAAGAGUGGAACCUUCACAAACUGUACCUUUGCCAGUCGGGUUAUUUCUCCAGCAUGUUCAGCGGCUCCUGGAAGGAGUCCAACAUGAUGGAAAUCAACCUAGAGAUACCUGACCAAAACAUUGACAUAGAAGCUCUGCAAGUAGUCUUUGGAUCCUUGUACCGCGACGACGUGCUCAUCAAGCCCAGUGGGGUUGUCAGUAUCCUUGCAGCUGCUUGUAUGCUACAGCUGGAUGGUUUGAUCCAGCAGUGCGGUGAGACCAUGAAGGAAAAUAUCAGUGCAAAGACGGUGUGCAGCUUCUAUGCGUCCUCUUGCAUCUACGGUUUGGACUCCGUCAUGAAAAAAUGUCUGGAGUGGCUCCUAAACAACCUCAUGACGCACCAAAAUGUGGACUUGAUGAAAGAAAUUGGAACGGAGAUGAUGGAGCAGCUCAUCCAGUCGUCUGACCUGUUCGUCAUGCAGGUGGAGAUGGAUGUCUACACUGCUCUGAAGAAGUGGAUGUUCCUGCAAAUCAACCCCAUGUGGGACGGACCCAUAAAGCAGCUUCUUGCCGACGCCGACGCUUGGCUGUGCAAGCGCAGGACCGACCUGUGUGAGAGAGAGCCCUUCCUAAGCACAGAGGAGGGGGCCACCUUUUGCUCCGUGUUCAAAUACGUGCGUCUUCAAUAUAUCGUCAACGACCUCGCUUCUGCCCGCAUGCUGGAGCGGGACAACAUUUUACCUCCAGAUUGGUUGACUGCGGUGUACAAAACGCAGUGGUUUGCCAUGUUGCGGACAGAAUUUGACAAUGAUAACGGUCCGCAGGAAGCCAACAAAGAGGAUUUUGAGUUAAGCAGCAUGAGGUGUGGCAGAAAACUGACCAAAGAUGGAGAUUACUGCUGGCGAUGGACCGGUUUCAAUUUCGGUUUCGACCUGCUUGUGACUUACACCAACCGCUUCAUCAUCUUCAAAAGGAACACGCUGAGUCAGCCGUGUGGGGGCGCCGUGAGCCUGCAGCCGCGGCGACAUCUGGCUUACAGGUUACGCUUGGCCUCCUUUGACAAUCUUGGCAAGCUGGUGUGCAGCCGCUCAACCGGUUACCAGCUUCUCACACUUGAGAAGGACCAGGAGUACGUGGUGAUGAACCUGGACAGCCGCCUGUUGUCCUUCCCGCUUUACGUGUGCUGCAACUUCUUAUACACAUCGCCAUAUGCCGACCACCGGCCGGACCACUCGGAGCAUGAGGGAAGCGCCCGCAGCAUCUCCUGAUCAGCACGUGGUUGCCAACACCCAUUCUUGUGGUAACGUUGGGCACUAUUUAUACACUCCGCCGGCACCUUCCACAUCACGAAUGAAUCACCUGUAAGGCAGCGUGGGGGGAAUACGUCACUGAUGUGUCACUUGGAGGCUGGUGGAAUGAGACGACAUACCUCAACAUGGAAACUUUCCAUUUGUGGACACUUAAUGUUGAUGAUAGUGGUCCACAAACCAGUCACCUCACUUCAUUGAUGGGACUGUCCUACAGACUUCUGGAAGUCAGAAGACGGGGACUUUCCACUUUUACCACCUCGGCAUCGUAAAGCCGGAAUUUCUGGAAUUUUUUUCUUGUACACUUGCAGGUAAAAUGCUUAAGCAACAGCACCUGGUUUAAUAAAUAAGAGUCACCAUUACUAUUUGCUUUGGAAGGUUUGGUGUUAGUGGACGCCAUGUACAACUCUGCAACUUCUUGUUUUCACCUUGUAACUACAUCGAAACUAAUUCAACCAAAAUCGAAAUAGUCGUCACCACUCUCAAGUUACUUAUAACAAAGAAAUUGAAUGAUGAUGUGCUCUAAAAUGGGCCAACAGUCUUGCUUCUUUCACCACAACGGUCCACUUGUCUUCUUACGGUUUCACCUUUGACUCACCAAAAGUUAAAAACACUUCUAUUGCAUAUUUAGGCACGCACACAUCCAAGUCUUUUUUUUUUUUUUGUGCUGGGUUUCGGGGUUUCAACUGUUGACCACUUAAGUAAUUACAUUAUUGCCAAUAUUUUUCUGCAUUUCUUCACCUGCCUAUCCGUUAACCGAGAUUGCCUCAUAAUGUCAAGAAAGGCAAGGCACUCGUGCUGCAGUGGCAUCCCUUGUUUUUAUUCCACAUUUAUUCAUAUAUUUUUUUACUUUUUUUUUUUAAUGUAUACAAAAUGUUAAUUGCCAAUAAAACUGCCCAAUGAUGUGGGCUGUGGUGCUAUCAUGUCAUCGAAAUGUA